GGGGGUUCUCAGCUUUUGGUUGUGUCAGUCUCAACAGUCCAGCACGGUCUCGUCUUUCUUUCUUCUUCCAAAUUCGAUAGCCUUGCGUUCAUAUACUGGUAUCAUUAAGGUCGUUGAAGUCGAAUCUUUGACCAACACAACACUACCUCAGACGACCUUCGACACUUCUCCAACAUGCGUUACUCCGCCAUCACCCUCGCUGCCCUUACGGCGACAUCAACUUCAGCCUUCUCUCUAUGGCCUCGCCAAAGCUCUAGCUGUCCUUCCGUCUGGUCUGCCGUCGCCACCGAGCUUCAAGCCGACUUUCUUGGCUGUGGUGCGGAUGCUCACCAAGCCCUCCGUGCUCCUUUCCACGACUGCAUCAACAAUGGCUGUGACGGUAGUCUCGUUCUCACAGACGAGUGUGGAAGAUCAGAGAACGCCGGUCUCUCCGCAAUCUGCACGAAGCUCAAGGGCUGGAGUGACAAGUACAAAGUCAGCGCCGCAGACAUGAUCCAAUUCGCCGGCGCACAAGCAAUCGCAGCGUGCCCGCUCGGGCCCAAAGUUCAAGCGCUGGUCGGCCGCAAAGACAGUUCAAUUGCCGCGCCUGUCGGAAGUGUGCCCAGCAGCCGUGGCACCCUGGACAGCAUCUUGGGAGCCUUUGCUGCGAAGGGCUUCUCAUCCGACGAUGUGGUUGCUCUCAUGGGUGCGCACAGUGUGGCAGUCCAGUUCAACGACGACCCAUCGCAAGCCGGAAAGGGUCUAGACUCGACACCUUUCCAGUACGACAACACCUUCUACCAAGAGACCAAGGACCGCACCGCCCCAUACAGUCUUCAAAGCGAUCUUCUCAUGUCAAAUUCCACACAAACAGCAAACACUUGGUCUAACUUUGCCGAAGAUGCGAACAGCUGGUCUACCGCUUUCACGAGUGCCUGGGAUCGAUUUGCUGUCAUCGGAAGUGACGCAAGCAAGCUCCAAGAUUGCUCCAGCUUGGUCCCCAAUGGAAUUGUGACAACAAAGAGGCAGGCUUUCAACAUGGCGUUCACCAAGAAGAUGAGCGCCAAGUUCAGGUUGUAGGAGAGAUGACAGCAUAUAUUGCUCAGUCUGGAUACUAAUAGCGAUGAAAUGGCGUUUGGGGAUAGAUCAUGGUGGUUCUGGGGUGGCUUUACUGUGCUUUCAUGAUACUCCG